CUUCAAAACAGAUUUCAGCGGGGGAGCUCACGUUGAUCAAAGAGAUGAACCUGGAUGAGGACGCCGGCCUGUCAGUCCAUUGUGGCAACGGCAAACUCAGACAGUGGCUGAUCGAUCAGAUUGACAGCAGGAGAUAUCCUGGCCUGGUUUGGGAAAACGAUGAAAAAACUAUUUUCCGGAUUCCGUGGAAACAUGCAGGCAAACAAGAUUAUAACAGAGAGGAGGAUGCUGCACUCUUUAAGGCAUGGGCAAUGUUUAAAGGAAAAUAUAAGGAAGGUGUGGACAAGCCAGAUCCCCCCACAUGGAAAACUAGACUACGCUGUGCUCUUAAUAAAAGCAAUGACUUUGAUGAGUUAGUAGAAAGAAGCCAACUGGACAUCUCAGAUCCCUACAAAGUCUACAGAAUCAUUCCAGAGGGAGCCAAAAAAGGAAUGAAGAUGAGCUGUAUGGAGGAGACACCAUCACAUAUGAAUGCUCUUGGAUAUAUUCCUCAGUAUGCGUCUCUGCAAAACCAGGUACCCGGCUAUAUGGUUUCUCAGGAGAGAAGGGACUGGAGGGAUUACCCACCACAAGAACAACAACCUCUUCCACCUCCACAUCACCACGGGUCACAUGCAGAGCUGCAGUAUGGCCACUACCCAUCAACCAUCAGCCGGGCUUGGCCUGGGUCACACUCGGAAAAUGGUUUUCAUCUCUCCAUCCACACCUACUUUUCAGAGUCACAGCCACCCAUGUACACAAUGGACCACAACAAUGCAAUAACAGAUGUCAGCCUGCAUGUGUCCCUAUACUACAGAGAAUCUUUGGUGAAGGAAGUUACCACCACCAGCCCAGAAGGUUGCCGGAUCACGUCUUCCUCCUCCUCCUCCUCUCCAUCCUCAUCCUCCCCCUCUUCCCCAUGCCCAGAGGACAAGUUUCACAGUGGGGCAGAAACCAUCCUUUUUCCAUUCCCGUACCCUGAAUCUCAGAGGCAGGGUGCUGAGAUGCUUCCUAACAUACUGGAGAGGGGGGUGCAUCUAUGGAUGAUGCCUGAUGGGUUGUAUGCUAAGCGCCUAUGCCAGGGACGAGUAUACUGGGAGGGACCUCUGGCUCCGUAUCUGGAUAAACCCAACAAGCUGGAGAAGGAGCAGCCAUGCAAACUGUUUGACACCCAGCAAUUCCUUAUUGAGCUUCAAGAUUUUGCCCAUAAUGGCCGACAUGUACCAAGACACCAGGUAGUGCUAUGUUUUGGAGACGAGUAUCCUGACCCACAGCGACAGAGGAAGCUGAUCACAGCACAGGUGGAGCCAGUGUUUGCCAGAAAACUGGUGUACUAUUACCAGCAGAACAGUGGCCACUACCUGCGGGGCUAUGAUCACAUCCAGGAACAGAACACAUCAUCUCCAGCAAUCGACUAUCCUUCCCAGAGGCCUCUACAGCAUAUUCAGGAGUGACAAGCAUGCAUGCACACACACACACACACACACACACACACACACACACACACACACACACACACACACACACACACACACACACGCUGGAGGGGAGGAAUGCGAAUGUAAACUGCUGACCAUUGACCACACCUUGUGACUGCAGUGCUGUGUACUGUAAAUGGUAGGCACUUGCACGCUACUCAGGGGUAGAGAUGGGGAAGACCCUGUUGUUUUCACUUGCACACCUAUGUGUCGUAGUCUUUGUGUCUGGGACAUUGGGGUAAUGUUUUUUUUUUCUCACUAAAUGUAUUAUUGUGACAGUGUGAAGGAUGCGGUUUGAGGGUGGGGGGGAUGAGGGGAGCGGAGGGCGACUGAGACAGGAAGUACUAGCACAGGUGCACAGGAAGAGUGGCCCCUAAGACAAACACUGAUACUCCGAAGUAAUAAAACAGAGUAUGAAUGAAUACUUAAUGCGUUUUCAUAUCUAACAGCUGACAAUGUCAUUGUUGCACUCAGCACUCAGUCAGUUGACAGAGCUCUUUCUGUGUGCAUGAUGUGCCAAAUAAAAACGUAUGCUCUGAUGAGCAAGUGAUCAAUCUCAGCGCUCAAUUCUUUUCAUUGCAAAAAAUAAAUAAAUGAAUAAAAUUAAAUAAUGCAAGUUGAAUGUGAGAGAAAUCACUGGUCUGGUGGUGUAGUAAAGGAAGCUGUUAUCACAAAUCGUUUCCCUCUUGGCUGCACCAUGUAUUGCAGGGUGUGUUAACAAAAAUCAAUUUGUACUGAAUCUGAUCUGCUUUUAAAAACAUCUGAUUCCUUUAAAUUAAGAGCUGUUUGUAGGUGAUAAUGAAGAAGAAAUGAACUAUUUUGAUUGUGGUAUGAUUGUGAUAUUAUAUUUUGAAGUUCACAGUUAUGCGUAUUUUGAUUUUCUCAGUGUUUGUUUACAUACUGUAAUUGUCUAAUGGUUGUUAGCAUUAGAAAUUAAACCUGUGAAUUGAGCUAUGAGUGUGGACAGUUAUGGAAUCAAUAAUUAAGAAAAUAUAUUGUGGGGUUGUAGAGAACUGAAAAGGCAAAGCACAGGAAUGCGUACAAUGGUGGAAGCAAAAAAGGAGGGGACCAGUGGCGAACAACUCAUAAUCAGGGAGCAGCUUGAGACUCAAGGUCUGUGUCACCAGAAAAGACUGGCCAUGAUGGGUGGUUUUGACACGACUGGACUGUAGGAAGUUGACUGGAAAAAUCACACCCAUCCUGUAACUUGUAAGGAAACCGUACCUGUUCCUCUUAACCUGAAACUAGCGGCCUCACAAAUGGGAAGGAAAACUAUCUUUGUGGUCUUCGUGCAGCUUUAGCCAGGGAACAGCUCUCUGGUUCCCAUGCCUGAGAUAUUGCAGAGCUUCACUGGAUGUAACGUCCUCUAAAAUCUAUCGCAACAGCUCAACAAAAUGUCCGUUACCCACUCAGGAAAGCGUAUAUAACAUUAGACACAAAAUGCAAAUGUUUUUAGAGGAAUCUCUCAGUACGUUGAAGUCCUAAGGGCCAAUGCAGCAAUAGGAGGGAUGGAGGCUGUGUUAUAUUUUUCUUCUGUGGUCCAGAGUUUCGAUCUCUGCAUUUACUUCCUUCACACUUAAACCACAUCACUUUCACAAUGGCUUCAAAAGUCUGACCAAAAUCACAGGCAGGAAUGUUUUUCUUUUGUGUGUGUGUGUGAACCAUAAAUCCUCCCUCACCCCCCCACCCCCACCCCCAAACAUCCAGUCAGUAUCUCUGAUCAUCUGCUGGGUGAUUUUUUUUGUUUCGCAUUACUUCAAUACAACCAGACAUUUGACUCAGUCAAAAUCAGAUCCUAAUAGCGAAAACGAUACCAGCUCAAUAUACAGUGUGCUGUUGUGGUAAACAGUGUAUAUGUGUGCGUGUGUGUGUAGAAAAGGGCCAUGUGUGCAUGUGUAGGUGGGUACAUGUGUGUGUCACAUAGUUGCAGUAUUACUGUUAUCAGAAAUUGACAUUUGUGGACUCAGGACAAAGCAUGUGACUCCCCCACCUACAGCAUCUGUGACUCAAACACAGACACGCACACACCCAUUUCUUAUUACAGUUACAGUAAAACAUUUAGAGCAAGCUACAGAGGAAAUCACAAAAAGUGUGCAUACCGAAAAAAUAUUGUUGUUAAUCUUUUUUAAAUAACAGUAGCAAUAAUCAGACAUUGAUUAAUAUAAAACUUCGACACGAAUAGAUGAUUUAUUUUGAAAUAAAAGUAUCAAUCUUCUGUAACAUGUCUACUGUGCUGUUUUGUCUUUGAGCUCCCCUGAUUUGCAAACA